GGGGUCGCGGAACCGUUGUUGUUGUUGCUGCUUCGGUAACUACUGCUGGUGAUUGAGUUGCAUUGCGGGGCACGGGUGGUCAUGGCUGCGUCCAUUCUUAGGGUUUUCUCCAAUUGGAGUCCCUCCACCUCGCUGCUCCAGCCGCUGCGUGGCCCCAAGCUCAGGCAUGCGGCACUUUGGAAUUCCCAGACGCAUUCCAUCAGGAGACUUUGCGUGCGGAGCUUGAGCGUGCAGGAUGAAGGCAAUGCCAUCGAAUCUCUGGCUAUGGACCUUGCAUUGAAGGCAGGUACGAUGAUCAAGGACAAGUCUGGACUUGCGUUACAGGUUGACACGAAAGAGUCGCGUUUUGAUCUUGUUACCGAAGUCGACAAGGCCUGCGAGGACUUCUUGCGGACUCAAGUGCAGGAGAAAUUUCCAAAUCAUUUCUACCUUGGCGAGGAAACUUUUACAGAUCAGGAGUUUGAAAGGCUGAGAAGCGGUUUGAAAGACUCUGAAUGGACAUGGAUUGUGGAUCCCAUAGAUGGCACCCUUAACUUUGUUGCAGGCAUGCCGUUGUCAGUUGUAUCGAUUGGUGUUGCUCUUGGUCAGAACAUGGAAAUAGGAGUUGUCUACAACCCCUUCAACAACGAGUUGUUUUAUGCUAGAAGAGGUCAAGGGGCUUAUUUAAAUGGCAUGCCCAUAAAGGUUUUGCCUCAUGAUACAGAAUUGGAGGAUUCGACUGUGUCUGUAGGCUUUCCAUCUAAGCCUGAAUGGCGAUUACGGAUGCUGGAGGACAUAGGAAAAGUGGCACCAAAUGCACGCUCGGUUCGUGCAUUGGGAACUGCUGCACUGCAUAUGAGCUAUGUUGGAGCUGGUCGUAUAGGUUGCUUUUUUGAGCAUAAUCUUAAGCCUUGGGAUGUCGCAGCUGCAAGACUGAUCGUGGAGGAAGCUGGAGGCAAAGUGACCGACAUGAAUGGGAACGUUUUACCACUGACUGCUGGCUCUAUUCUUGCGUCUAAUGGAGGCAUUCUUCACGACCGUAUUGUCCAGCUCGUGUCUGAUUAGUUUGUUAAGAGGUUCAUAGGUUCACGGUAGGGUGAUUUCGUAUACAUGAAUCAGCAAGAUACUCACCAAACUUGCUACAGUUAAAGAAUCAUCACCUGUGAGCAUUUGGAGGGUGUGUGUAUGAUGCUGUGUGCAGUCUUUGCAUAUUGAUCUCUGUGUUAGGUAGAAAAAAUUCAGGUUGGGAUUUUGUUUUUGGCACUUUUAGAGUCUACCUCAUUCAAUUCCAGACUGUGGUUCAACAGUGUGAACUCCGAAUUUUACGAUGCAGAAGUUUUCGGAGUUAAAGUGAUUACCCCUAAAAGGAUGGUGGGUACCUUGUGCAGUAUCUUAGAGCCAUGAAUUGGGGCCUUUGCGAGAGUACCUCAAGGGGAUAAUGGGCCUAAAUUCCACGAGUUUAUGAAUGCUUUGGCUGUAUUUAUGAUUGAAAGUGUUCUGUGGGAAGUAUUGUCUUUGAAUCACAGCUCGAGACUUUGUAUAUCAUCACAUUUCCAUCGUCCCCUGCUACAACAAGGCGGUCAGGACCAGCGAGAGAUAUACACCUCACUGCACCUUUGGAGUCAGCCCCCAGACCGUACAAGCAUUGGCCCGUGAGCAGCUCAUGCACCAACAAUGACCCAUCCCCGCUACCACUCCACACCAAUGGCCCAGCUACAUACAAACUGUAGAUGAAGUCGCGAUGGGUGCAGAUUGUGUGAAGGGCCUUGAAUCCCAUGCGUGGCUCUAAGACUUUCAUCGAGUUGUCUGCACCAGCUGUCACAACAAUUGGUCCACUUCCACAGGCAGUAUAAGACACAGCGAUGCUGUUGACAGCGCCUUUUGUAACUGCAUUUCUAUGCAGCACCGCCGAGUGUACAGGCCCUCGCGUUCGGAAAUCCCAAGCUCGGAGAAUUCCAUCUUGGCCGCCGGUCAGUGUCCCAGAGGAUGACAUCACCAUCACGUGAGCCGCUCACAAUGGCCCCCUGGGAGCUCAGGCAAAACCCAAGCACCGGAGCUUUGUGCCCUUUGAGGCAUGCUGCAUUCUUUGUUUGCGAACGGUUGACAUUCCAUAGCAUCAAAGUCUUGUCAUAACUUGCACUUAUAGCUAGUGAGCCUUCUGCUCCAGAUCUUACUGCAGAUAUUGAUGCCAUGUGACCCAGGAGGUCAAUUGUUCGUAUUCCGUUCUUAUCCCAGAGGCACAGUUUCCCAUCCAUGCCACCACUAAGAAUCCGUCCGUCUUUCAGAUAGUCGCAGCAUGUAACCCACUCGGUGUGGCCAUACUGUUUUCCAUAGAGUGAUCGUUUUAAGGUACAUUUCUCACA